AUGUGUGUGGACUUCACUGAUCUCAAUAAAGCAUGCCCUAAGGAUUCUUAUCCUCUCCCCAAUAUUGAUUGGUUGGUAGACAGAGCUUCCGGACACAUCGUUCUAAGUUUUUUAGAUUCCUACUCGGGGUAUAAUCAAAUCCUGAUGUACGCCCCGGAUCGAGAAAAGACGGCCUUUAUCACAGAGCAAGCCAAUUACUGCUAUGAGGUCAUGCCGUUCGGUCUCAAGAAUGCGGGCGCCACUUAUCAACGCCUAAUGGAUAAAGUCUUCCAUAAUCAGAUAGGUCGUUGCAUGAAAGUAUAUGUUGACGAUAUGGUAAUCCGAAGUCACACACAUCAACAGCACCUCAAAGAUUUAGAAGAAGUCUUUCAACAACUCAGACACUACAACAUGCGUCUAAACCCCAGCAAAUGCACUUUCGGGGUGUCCGCCGGAAAAUUCUUGGGUUUCAUGUUAACCUAUCGAGGAAUAGAAGCAAAUCCAGAUAAAUGUCGGGCGAUAUUGGAGAUGAAGAGUCCCACUAAGUUGAAGGAUGUCCAAUGCUUGGUCGGGCGUCUCACAGCCCUAUCACGAUUCAUAUCGAGGCUUUCUGAUCAUAUCAGACUUAUCCUAAAGAACAUGAAAAAGGAUGUACCUCGGCACUGGGAUAACGAUUGCGAAGAGACCUUCUCUAAAGUAAAAAGCAUUCUGACCAGUCCACCUAUCAUGGCUCGUCCAACUGAGGGGUUCGAGUUACAACUCUACUUGGCUGCAUCCAACCAUUCGGUAAGUGCAGCUCUCAUCCAGGAAAGCCCAGACUUUAAGCUGAUAUAUUUCACCAGCCGAACCCUGCAAGGUGCAGAGGAAAGAUAUUCUCAGGUGGAAAAGGUGGCACUAGCCUUACUAACAGCGGCACGACGACUCCGACCGAAGUCUGACUUGGCGGGGAGGAUUGUAGCAUGGGCAAUUGAGCUAUCUGAAUUCGGCCUAAGAUAUGAACCAAAAGGUUCCGUUAAAGGUCAGCACCUAGCUGAUUUUGCAGCUGAAAUCUAUCGUCCGGAGGAACCCAACAUUUGGCAUCUAAAUUUAGAUGGGUCUUCAGACAGAAAAGGAGGAGGAGCCGACGUCGUGCUCGAAGGACCAGACGGCCUACUGGUCGAACAGGCGGUCAGCUUUAACUUCCAACUUAGUAAUAACCAGGCAGAAUAUGAAGCUCUCAUUAGCGGAUUAUUGUUGGCCAAAGAGUUGGAAGUCAAUCAUCUGGAAUGCAGAAUGGAUUCUCAACUAGUUGUGGAACAGCUCAACGGAACUUUCCAGGUCAAGGACGAUCACUUGCUACGCUAUUAUCACAAGGUUAGUGAUUUAAUCAAAUCAUUUACCAGUUUUUCUGUGACCCACAUACCCAGGGCACAAAACUCCUGGGCGAAUCUGUUGUCGAAGUUGACUCACUCCCGCAAGAAGUCUCAACUUUCUUCGGUGAUCAAAACCACACUGCAUAAGCCGUUGUUGGAAGCAUAUACCACUAACGUGGCUACACCGCGAAAUGAUUGGCGGCAGGACAUAAUUCAACUGAUGGUCCAACAAGAACAAGGCGGACGGCUCAGUAUCACUGAUUCUAAACGAAUCGCCCGUUACAUAUUUGUGGGUGAUGAUUUGUACCGUCGAGGUUAUACUACCCCGUUGCUGAAAUGUCUAUCCGAUGAAGAAGCUAAAUACGUCAUGCAAGAAUUACAUCAUGGCGUUUGCGGUUCACAUUCAAGAAAAAGGAUGCUGUGGGCCAAGAUUCUACGAGCCGGUUUCUACUGGCCCUCUAUGGAGCAAGAUUGUGCGACAUUCGUACAGAAAUGUAUCUCCUGCCAGUCUCAUGGACAUAACUUACGAAUUCCUCCCUCUGAACUACAUGAAAUCAUCUCCUCGUGGCCCUUCGUGCAGUGGGGGAUGGAUAUAGCCGAACCGCUACCGGUCGGCAAAGCACAAUGCAAAUACCUCUUGGUCGCGGUCGAUUACUUCACCAAAUGGAUUAAAGCAGAGACCCUCGCAAUAAUAAGUGCUCAAAAGGCUGAGGCAGCCAACAAAUCCAUUAUUUCCGAGUUAAAGAAGAGAUUGGGGUGUGCUAAAGGAUUGUGGGUCGAAGAGUUGCCUGAAGUGCUUUGGGCGUACAAGUGCACACCGCAUGGUUCAACGGGCGAAACCCCCUUCAACCUCACUUAUGGCACAGACGCAAUGCUUCCGGUCGAGAUUGGCGAACCGACAAUACGACGAGAGAUGCAAGAUAUGAACCUCAAUGAAAACCAGCUGAGGGUUAACCUAGACACUCUACCCGAAAAGCGUGAAGUGGCCAUGAUACGAAAUGUAGCUCAAAAACGACUACUUGUGCGGCGAUACAACACGAAGGUCAAACCACGAAGCUUUACCGCAGGCGACCUUGUUUGGCGAAAGAGAGGCGAAGCUCGCAAAGAAAAAGCGUAUGGCAAGCUAUCAGGCAACUAG